ACAGAUUCAACAUGAUGGCAGCGAACGGUGCCAGAGCAAUCAGGGCAGUAAAGCCGCACGUGCCACUUAUAAAGUUUCCUCAGAGAAAAGGUCCAGAUGGAAAAAAAAUAGAUGGCAGGAAUGGGACAGCAGCAGCUUCCUCCAGUUCUUCCUCAUCUUCAUCCUCCAAUCCUUCCACAUCCUCAUCUAAACCCAUUGGUUCCACACCAAGAGGAUCAGGCAUCGAUAGCAUAGACUUACCAAGCAGAUACCGCAGGAAACCUUUGACUGAAGAGGAAAUGGAAUUUAUAGAGAGAGGAGGAGCACUUUAACCUUCAAGAUUUUAGGAAAAUGAAUUACUUAAGAUAACUCGUCAGUGGUCGAAGAUCUAUUCUGAAAAGAUAAAGAUUUCUAUGGUGAAAAGAUGGUCCGGUUUACAGGAUGUGAUCUAGCAUUUCUGACUUGGAGAGGCAAGAGUAUAUUUCGGGGUGAAAUUGUAAAUAUAUUUAUUUCGAUGUCAGAUUCAUUGGAGUUUCAUAUUCAGCAUUUCUCACGGCUGAAUCAGGUUUUACUUCUGCUUUCAUCAUCACACUGAUUAGUGGAGGUAACUGCGCAGAUUUUUACAGAACUAUGAUAUCGGAAGGUGUGAGCUGUGUCCCAUGUGUGGUAGUAACUUUUCUUCUGAAAGGAUGUAACUGUAAUAGAUGUACAGAUGUAUGUAGUUAACCAAGAAUGUAUGACUAUUGGACUGAUAUGUCGAGUAUGAUGAAGAGAUUUUUUAAGCAACUGAAAAAAGUAAAACUUAUACUUUACAUUUUUUUCUGUAUUGUUGCAUACAUAGAGUACCAUAUUGUUAUUUUUAAAGAGCACCUAAUGUUUGGACAUUCACAGCAUCAAGAAAAUAAAAAUGCAUGUCACGUAUUGAUAGAUUGGAUUAUUGAAAUUUAAUACCUUAUUAUCUGAAGAUAAGAAUGCUGCUAAUGUUCGGGGGAGAAGAGCAGCGUUAAAGGCAAGCAAUCUGUAUUUUUGCAGUCAGGUUUAUUGCAGGCAGUCCACAUUGAUUACCUUGAUUGGUAUUUCAGUCAGUCGGAUUGGUGGUUCCAUUUUGAUAGGUCAUGUUAUUUUAGUCUGAAAAGAUGUAACAGCCUUAUUGAGUCAUCAGAAUGGUCCAUAAAUAUUAAGAUGAGAUACAUGGGCAUGUCAUCACAUUUGCACAUAGUAAAAGUUCAAUGAAAAAAGUUGGACAGCAAUUAAGUCAGGAGGUUUUCCAGAUACCUGGACCAGUGUAUAGUGGUGGCGGUUUAUUCAGGGCAUUCAGAUUCUUCCACCUGUAAAGCCAUAAAAAACUUGUCGUAUAUGUGAAAAAUUCAAGUCU